AUGGCAUGGAAAGCAAAAGGGAGAACAAACCAAGAAUUAGUACGAUAUCUUCGAGCUUCUAAUGUUAUUAAAAGUGACAUUGUAGAAAAUGCAAUGUUAAAAGUUGAUAGAGGUUUCUACUGCAAAUCCAACCCUUACACAGAUAGUCCACAAGGAAUAGGCUAUGGUGUUACAAUUAGUGCUCCUCAUAUGCAUGCCUAUGCAUUGGAGUUACUGAAAGAUAAAUUACUACCUGGAGAAAGAGUUUUAGAUGUUGGUUCUGGAAGUGGUUACCUUACUGCCUGUAUGGCUACUAUGUUGGGUAAAGAUGGACUAGCCGUUGGUGUUGAACAUAUACCUGAACUGGUAAACAAGUCUAUUGAGAACAUGAAAGAAGGAAAUCCAGAUCUAUUAGAAUCUGGGAGAGUUAAAAUAAUAGUUGGUGAUGGUCGUCUUGGUGUUCUAGAAUAUAGUCCAUAUAAUGCCAUUCAUGUUGGUGCAGCAGCUUCUACUAUUCCACAAGCUCUCAUAGAGCAGUUAAAAGUUGGUGGAAGACUAAUACUACCUGUGGGUUCUUCUGGAGGGGAUCAAGCACUUGAGCAGAUAGAUAAACUUGAGGAUGGAACUGUAAGACGAACACCACUUAUGGAUGUAAUCUUUGUUCCUCUUACUGAUCGUUCAGCACAGUGGCCCCAAGAACGCUGACUUAAAAGUUGCCGGUUUCAGAAUUAUUCUUGUUAUAAUUUUUUGUUAUUGCAAGUCCUUCUGUGGUUGGUAAAAAAAAAAACUAUCAAUCUUACAGUGUUAUAUUGCAAAUCAUAAUUUCAUGUACCUUUCAAUUGUACAAAGCCAACAUUCAAAGAUUAGGUAUAUAUUUAUUACUGACUCUCUAAUCAUACAUAAAUGAAUAGGACUGUCUUAUUUUCAAAAUUUGCAAAAGUUAAACAAACAUUAUAACUUAGAAAAAAAUUUUGUUCUUUCUUCUUCUUUCUGUUCAAUAUCCUUUAAUGCUGCUGGUUUAGAUUUCACGUUUUUUUUUUUCAGUUACUUGCUGAUCCAUUUUAGGAGCUGCAAUUGAUAAUAUUCUAAUAUCAUAACCAUCAGGUAGAAUAUACUUCCCUAUAAAAUGGCGUGAUACAAAGCCAUGCCCGUCCUACUUUCCUUCAUGUCUUCCUUCUAUAACGAUUUUAUUGCCAAGGACAUUAACGGAGAUUUCAUCAGGAGAAAAUUGCUGAAUAUCUAGGUGAGCUUGAAAUUUAUCUUUAUCUGUUGAUAUUGUCGAUCCUGAGUCUUUGAACAAUAUAACCGGCUACGGGUACUCAUGAAUAAAUCCUUGGUUUUCUACCUAUUAACUUUUCAUUUGGUUGAAAUUAAUGCGGACGCACUAAAGCUUCAUUUAAUAUUGAUGGCAAUCUUCAAAACUGCUUACCAGUUACCACAGAUUUUCAGUUUGUUUACCACUUUUCUGUUGAACUAAACCACGCACACUAAUUGACAAAAUUUAUGUUUACAGUACAUUAUUUAAAAACAAUAAGCAUAGGUCUUAAAUAUCCCGGAUAAUUCUACAAUAUGUAUCUUAUUCUGUAGUCGCCUUUUACGUACAUAGUUUGUUAGCUUCAUUAAUGAGCUUAUAAUAUGUAUAUAGAUUAUUGAGAAUGAGUUAAGUUUAACCCCAGUUUACACAUUAAAUUAAUGAUAUACUAAUA